UGUUUUCUAAUGUGAAUGUAUUUGUAUGUUUUCCAGGACUGGGCCUUUGAUGACGGUGCCCCUCCGCCCACUAAGAUCGUAGAUGAUUGGCUGAACCUGCUGAAGACUAAGUUCCGUGAGGACCCUGGCUGCUGCGUGGCGGUGCACUGUGUUGCCGGGCUGGGACGGGCUCCUGUGCUGGUGGCUCUGGCUCUGAUCGAGGGCGGGAUGAAGUAUGAGGAGGCAGUUCAGUUCAUCAGGCAGAAGCGCAGGGGAGCGAUCAACAGCAAGCAGCUGACCUACCUGGAGAAAUACCGCUCCAGACAGAGACUACGCUUCAAAGACCCUCACAAACACAAGAACAAGUGCUGCGUGAUGUGAUGAUGUAGUGACCCCGCAGCCCGCCUGUUCUGACCCAUAUAGAACCACUACAUGAACUUUAAUAUUGGACCGACCUCCACCCCUCCCCUACGAUGCGUUUAGGACUUGACCUGUUGUCUGUCUCCAUGGGGACAGUUAGCUGCCACUGUUCUGUUGGGAUUCUUCUGCUUCUCACUCUCAGGGCUGUUGGAGACCAUCUCCUCUCCGAUGUCUUUGAAUGAACACGUUUGUCUCUAACAGCCGGCCAAUUGAACUCGUAGAGAGGAAAAGUAAACAAGCCCGAUUUACAUCAAGUACACACACACACACACACACACACACACACACACACACACACACACACACACACACACACACACACACACACACACACACACACACACACACAUUGACAUAAACUAUUUUGCACUGAUUGUGACAUACUGUGACAUACACACACAGAGCCAUUGACCACCAGUCCAACCCCUCAACCAGCAGCAACACUGUCAGCUUGGUCCCAGGUCUGAUCGUUCCUCUUUCCUCCCUGCUGCUAGGUAGCACUGACCCAACCCAAUGAAACACACCGACCCACCACUAGCUGUCACAACAGGUCUGCAUCACCACACACCAUGUUAACUGAAAGCCCCUGCUAGCCAUGAUGACAUGAAUGAAAUAAUCAUGAAAAAGAACAGAUUUUAUGCUGUCUGUGUGUUUUUAUCUCAAUGUUUCAAGAAAAUCCAGUUUAACGUCUUUGUUAAAUUGAAUGCCAUCCACAGAGCUCAGCCAUCUUGCUCCGUUUUCAUAAUGCAUGUAAGGUAACACUUGUUAGAAUCAUUUCCUUGUCUCCUUCUUCUUUGAGGAUAUGGGGAUGUGGGAUGUGACUUAAUAUAGGACAAGGUUUUGUGCUGAGUCGCUGGUUUUUAAAAAGCAAUAUUUUUUACCUUGUGAUAUGAAAUACUCUGGGAUUAGGAUUCUUCACCACUGGCUGCUUCUGUUGUACAACAUGAAGGCUCUCAGUGUAUCAUGUAGGAGUGAGCUGAGCCUGGGUGGGCUUGGUAGGCAACACUGUCUGUGUCCCAGAUGGCACCCUAUUCCCUAUAUAGUGCACUACUUUUGACCAGAGGUCUAUGGGCUACAAUGCCUUGAAAUAUAUACACACACAUGGACUCGCACUGACCCUAUGGGCUCCGGUCAAAAGUUGUGCACUAUAUAGGGAAUAGGGUGCCAUCUGGGACGCGUACUAUGCUUUGGGAACGUAAACAUGGCGGUGCACCGUAGUCGUCUCUGGGAUGAAGAACAGCCAACUGAACCGUCUGCUCUGAAAUAACGUCUUGGCUCUGUAUCUGUCAGUGUGGAUAUAAAUGUCACUCAUCUUGCCUCCGAAAUGGCACCCUAUUCCCCUUUUAUAGUGCACUACUAUAUAGCACACUUUUGACUAUAGUCCUAUGGGCUCUGGUCAAAUGUAGUGCACUAAAUGGGGAAUAGGGUGCAAGACGCAGUCUCAGUUAAGGACAGGUACUGAAGGAAUGACUCGUAUCCUAGGAAGAAAGCUGUCACAUUUAUCUGCUGCCUUGGAAGUAACCCACUUCAGAUUGUUCACAGUUAAUGAAGUACAAGAAAUAAAGUAAUUGUUUAAAGUA